GGUCGCUGCAUAUGUGGAAGUGCUCGGUUCGCUGUUGUUAGUCAUCCGGGUUUCAUUCAUCAUGGCUGUACCCGCUGGAAGGUCUGUGGUCUUCGUGACCGGGAACGCAAAGAAACUUGAAGAAGUCAUUCAGAUCCUGGGGGACAAGUUUCCCUACAAACUAGUGGCGAAAAAGAUCGACUUGCCUGAAUACCAGGGAGAGCCAGAUGAGAUCUCCAUACAGAAGUGUAAGGAGGCAGCACAGCAGAUUGAUGGGCCAGUCAUAGUAGAGGACACAUGUCUAUGUUUCAGAGCUUUGGGGGGACUACCUGGUCCUUACAUCAAAUGGUUCCUGGAAAAACUCAAACCAGAAGGCUUGUACAAACUUCUAGCUGGGUUUGAGGAUAAAUCGGCAUGGGCUCUCUGCACUUUUGCGUUCUCUGCUGGGAAAGAUGAACCUGUCCAGCUCUUCAGAGGGAAAACAGAGGGGUGCAUUGUAGAACCCAGGGGGCCUCGAGACUUUGGCUGGGAUCCCUGCUUCCAGCCAGAUGGAUAUGACAAAACCUAUGCUGAACUGCCCAAAGAAGUGAAGAAUUCAAUCUCUCACCGGUACCGGGCGCUUGCUGCCAUGUCCGAGUAUUUCUCUCAAACCAACAAUGCCUCACCACAGAACAAGAAGAAGAAAAAUGAGGAAAAUUAAAGAGAACUUUUGCUCCAACAUCUGGUUUUGAAGUUGUAGCUCUAUACAUCAAACCUAAAGGCAGAAAAUAUACCUUAAUAAGACCCUGCAUAUUCUUAGGCCAGAAAAAAAAAUUGGAGAAGACAUUUUUUGAUGAAUAUCUGUAGACUGCAUAUGUUUUCUCUUAUUUUUUUUAAAUAAAUGUU